AUGGUUGAAUAAGCACCGGGAAAAGAUUCCCAAUCACAAUCAUCAGUAUUUAGAAUUAAACCUCCUCCAAAAAGUUCUGGGAACACUAACCUCCAAGAAAUAGUACAUGAAUUUACUGAUAAUUAGUAUCAUGGACAAGGAGUGGAAACUCUAUGUGUUAGAUUCGAUGAGCAAGACAAAUAUAUUGGAGCUUCAUAUACUAAUGGAACUUUAAGAGUGUUCAAUUCGAUAACAGGAAAAUCCUCUUUGACUUUUGUUAAUAACUUUGCUUCAGAGGAGUAAAAGGCACCAAUAAACAUGUUCAGAUUCAAGCCAGCUGGAAUCAAUGGAUAGUCACAUGGUGCACCUGCUCAUUCUAGAGAUAUGAUAGUCUGUGUUACCACAGAUGGAAGGAUUCAAUAUUGGCACAUUCCUACAAACAAAUGUGUAAAUUAGAUAUUGCCUCCAGAAGAGGAUUUACAUUAAUAAACUUAAGAUUAUUAUGACGAAAAUGGACUACCUAAGAAAAAAAAGAGUACUAAUCCCCUUCUAUAAAAUUCAACCAAUAUAGACACUACAUUAAAUUGUUUAGACUUUAACUUGACUUCUGAAAAGUUAGCAGUUGCCGGUAAUGAUUCAAAAGUUAAAAUUUAUAAUGAGCAUUCACCUGACAAAGAGUUAUUGAUGACAUUAAAACCAACUGGAAGGAAUUUCCCUGGUCACACUAAUCGUGUUUAUGCUUUAAAGUUUUCUAAUACUGAGGAAAAUAUACUAUACUCCUCUGGUUGGGAUGAUACAGUCUAGAUAAAUGAUUUAAGAGAAGGUGGUUCAGUUGGAAUAAUUUCUGGAACACAUGUAUGUGGCGAUGCUAUUGAUGUUUGUGAAAACCUACUAGUUGCCGGUAAUUAUAGAAAUUAGAAAAAUCUUAUGCUAUUUGACUUAAGAAAGACUAAUAAAGUCUUAUAAUUUAUCGAAUUCGACAACUACUCAACAGCAUAAUCUGGUUAUUUCAGUGAAUGCCUUCUAUAUGGCGCUCAGUUCUAUAGAUAAAUGAGUUAGUCUGGAAUCAAACUAAUAGCAACUGCAGCUACAGGAGGUAGAAAUGAAUAUUACUGA